AGUUAGAUUUAUUUAUGCUACGAAGAAAUGGAGUAGGCAAGAGUAAAUGUCGCUGGUGUUUUACGUCGACACAAUCAGCUGAGCGAGCGGAACUGCUACGUUGACAUAUGACAACAAACUACUGUACUUAGCUAGCUAUCGUUAAAGUGCUGAGAUAUAUAAUUGUAAAUGCUCCUUUAUUUCAAUGCCUAGCUGCUAAACAUGUCAUGCCAUUUGCAGCCAUUACUUGUGCGACUAUGUUUAUCUACGUUUUUGUUAGUAGCUUGAGCUAGCUGUCUUGCUAACAUGUUCAGUUUGAUGCAUCCUGUAAACUUGUUUGUUUUUGCAUUGUUGAUGACAAUACCCAAUGCUGUAGGCUCUUCAUAUGAGAUCACAGUGGAUGUCGGGAAGCCAUCAGGACAUCUGAAACAUUUCUGGAGGAGCACUGGUUUCUGCCCCCCUCUUCCACACACCCAGUCCAACCAGUAUGACCUGAGCAGGGACCAGGAGCUGAACCUGGCCUACGUGGGCUCUGUCCCUCAUGGAGGGAUUCAGCAGGUUCGGAUCCACUGGAUGCUGGAGCUGAUCACAGCACAUAUUGACAAAGGAGAACUCCAGUACAACUUUAGCCAACUGGACCAGCUGAUUGACCUCUUGUGGAUAAAUGGACUACUCCCAGGUUUUGAAUUGAUGGGCAGUGUGAACAACUACUUCACCAACUUUGAAGACAAAAUGCAGGUGGUGGAGUGGAGAAACCUGGUGCAUCUCAUUGCAAAGAGGUAUAUUGAGAAGUAUGGCUUGGGAAGUGUAUCUCUGUGGAACUUUGAAACAUGGAAUGAACCGAACAAUCAUGACUUUGACAACGUCACUGUGUCUAUCCAAGGGUUCCUGAACUACUAUGAUGCCUGUUCGGAGGGCCUGCGGGCAGCCAGUAGGGCCCUGCGCUUGGGCGGUCCAGGAGACUCCUGCCACACCCCACCACACUCCCCCUACUGCUGGGCCAUGCUGCAGCACUGCUACAAUGGCACAAACUUCUUCACUGGGGAGACAGGGGUGCGGCUGGACUACAUCGCCCUGCACAAAAAGGGUGGAGGCUAUUCGUUACCCAUCAUGGAACAGGAGAUCCAGACAGUGAGAGAGAUCCAGGAGCAUUUCCCUCUCUUCCGAACUCUGCCGGUUUACAAUGAUGAGGCCGAUCCAUUGGUGGGCUGGUCCAAACCUCUGGCGUGGAGGGCUGAUGUGACAUAUGCAGCCAUGGUGGUCAAGGUGAUCUCCCAACACCAGGACCUGCUGUUGUCUGACCAGAACAAUACCAUCAACUACACCCUGCUAAGCAAUGACAAUGCCUUCCUCAGCUACCACCCUCAUCCGUUCACCCAGCGCACCCUGACGGCCCGCUUCCAGGUCAACAACACUCAGCCCCCCCACGUCCAGCUGCUCAGGAAGCCUGUACUGACCGUCAUGGGGCUGCUUGCUCUGCUAGGAGAGACUCAGGUACUGUCUGAGGUUGUGGAGGUUGGGGGGACUGACAACAGCACUGUGGGGGUCCUUGCCAGCACCCAUGACCCCCUCAUGUCCUGGACCUCUGACAGCUGGCAGGCCACUGUGCUGAUCUAUAACAGCGAUGACACCAGCACUUCUACCACCACCGACCUCAUUAGGGUCUCUCUCAAAGGAUUCACAGGACAGAAAGGACUUGUGUAUGUGACAUAUUACCUGGACAACAAUGUGACCAACCCAUCCCAGCUGUGGCAGAGCAUGGGCAGCCCAGACUACCCCACAGCAGAGCAGUUCAGACAGCUGAGGAACAUUGAGGAUCCUCAGGUGGAUGGACCUCUGCCCCUCCCUGCUGAGGGCAUCCUGACCAUGUGGGCCAAGCUCUAUGUGCCCUCUGUCCUCCUCAUACAUGUGUGUGCCCAGCCUAAGGCCAAGCCAGACCAGGUGAAUGGAUUGCGAUUCAUCAGCAUCACAAAAAGCCAAGUUAUGAUUGUGUGGAAAGAUCGUGUAAAUUCCAAGUGCAUUAAGACGUUUGAGGUGGAGUUCUCCAAAGACCAGGAAGAAUUCAAGAGGGUAAACACCCGGGAUACCAUUUUCACAUCCUAUGUAUAUUCACCAGAAAACUUGGAGGUUAGUGGUAGCUACAGAGUACGAGCUGUGGACUACUGGGGAAGAACUGGAGAAUAUUCACUGACUGAGAAAUAUUCAGAGGAAAACUAGAAGUUAACUAGUGUUUCCUACAUGGUACCAUGACUGAUUGUACAAAAGCAUAUUUUUGUUAAAUUUUUACUUUAAGAAAAUAUAAAUUGGCAUUAUUGCUGCUCCAAUGUA